CUACUUUGGAAUCCAGGGAACCUGCAAUGGCGCUACGCAAUUUAGCUUAGAAUUUUGAAUGGAAAAAUAGAACGGCUAAAUAUAUUAAACGCGCACUACUAUUUUAGUAUUAUACUGAUACACGACGGGCGUCUAAAAUAUGAUAUUGAUUUCAAUAUUCAUAUGGUUCAAUAAUCCCAUUUCAUUGAAGAAUAUGACCCGAGAUUAAGCAGGUGAUGCCUUUGCUGUAGGGUAGAACUCCGUACCCUAGUGAUAAGGGUAAAUCCACUCGACCGAAGGACAUCAUCCAAAGAUUCUGAGUUGUCAAUUUAUUGCUAAGUUUGUUGUUAAAUAUCACCCUUUAGAAGCUUUAAAAUGUCUCCGAUGUUGUGCUAGUGGUGUUACUGAAGAUGCUGUUAGCAAGAAUCGUUUGUUUAUAACGUAAACUAGGGUUCGUCAGGUGAAUUCUGGCAGAGUGAAAGUUUCAUAGAAAGCCAGUCAAGUGUAUCGCCGAGUGAAGAAAGUGAACAUACAACGGUAGAUCUACAUGUACGCCCUCUUUGAUGAUUGUGUGAGUCUAUUCAUGAGGCCUUUCAAUCAUCAAGACUGGGGAGAUAUCACCAAGUUAAUUUGAAGAUUGUACUAGUAUGUAAAUCAAACUGAUUUUGAGGAUAUAAUAUUCAGUAUGAAGCAAUGGUUAGAAGUUUAUUUCACGAUUUUCAUUGGCACCAUAGCCAUUGCCAUCAACAUAGGAGUGGGAGUCAAUGGACAACAGCAGUUUAGUGUUUUUCCAAGCAAUAUAUCGGUUAUACAGGGUCAAACAGCAGAAUUAAAAUGUGCUGUAACAAACAGACGAGGAUCUAUACAAUGGACUAAAGAUGGUUUUGCUCUAGGCUAUGAUAGAGACAUUCCUGGCUUCCGAAGAUACUCAGUUAUAGGUAAUACAGAUAGAGAAUUUAAUUUGAUGAUUAUUAAUACAAUGGUUAGUGAUGAUGGAGAAUUUCAGUGUCAAGUUGGACCUGCAGCUAAUAAUCCACCUAUAUCUGCUGGAGCUUAUCUUACUAUUUUAGUACCUCCUGAAAUGCCAGAAAUAAUUGGUUACACUAAUGGUUCUGUUGUUGAAUUACCCAAUACACAAGAUUUAUUACGUCUCAUCUGUGUCGCUAGAAAUGGUCGUCCAGCAGCAAGUAUCAAAUGGUAUAGAAAUGGUGAACCAGUCCUUCAAAAUAUCAAUUACUUAACAGAAGACAGCGAUCAAGACAGUAAAUAUAGAACAGCUAAAAGUACAAUUACGAUUAGACCAAGACAGUUUUCAGAUGAGAAUAAUGCUUUCUAUACAUGUCAAGCUACUAACAGUGCUAUUGUAGGAGGACCAUUAAAAACAGUUGUUCAAAUAAGUAUAUUGAAACCACCAGGAAGUCCAGAAAUAACAGGUUAUACUAAUGGUCAAGUGGUAAAAACAAACGAUACUUUACAAUUACGCUGUACAUCUAGGGGAGGUAAUCCUCUAGGUCAAGUUGUGUGGUAUAGAAAUGAUCAACAGAUAGAUUUCUCCUAUGUUAGCGAUGGUAAUAAGGCUGUCAAUGAAUAUACAUUCACUGUCCAAUCAUCAGAUAAUAAUGCUGUAUAUAGAUGUGAUGUUUCGAAUGUUGUUACAUCCCGACCAAUCACAGCUGAAUUUAGAUUAACAGUACACUUUCCACCAAAAGAAGUUACCAUUACUGGUGAUAAAUUGGCUAAAGCUGGUGAAACAGUUACCUUGACUUGUGUAUCAUCCAAUAGUAAUCCUGCUGCUGUUAUCACAUGGUUUGCUAAAGGUCAAUCAUUACCAGUUGCUUCAUCUAAUGUUGAAGAUUCACCAGAAGGAGGUUUUAUAACUCGAUCAACAGUAACAGUGUCUCUAACCAAUCAAGAUCAUAAUGUUAUUUAUACAUGUCAAGCAACUAAUAAUGCUCUUGGUCAGACUGUAGCUACAACCAUCACAUUAAGUGUUUUAUAUCCACCAGACCCACCUAUUAUAACUGGUUAUAGUGCUGGUACACCAGUUAUAGCUGGUCAAGUACAGAGAAUGAGAUGUGUUUCGUCAGGUGGAAAUCCUGUAGCUACACUUAAAUGGUAUAAAGAAUCUAAUCUACUAGAAGCUGAGAAUAAAGUAACAGGGAAUAUAGUAUCAUCACAAUUAUCUAUUAUAACAAAGAAAAAUGAUAAUGGUGCUACAUAUAAAUGUACCGCUAGUAAUGAAGCUACAAGUUCACCUUUAGAUGUCAGUGUUACCAUAACUGUUUAUUUUCCACCAUCAACUGUAACUAUCGUAGCUCAGCCUAGUGUUAUACGUGCUGGAAAUACUAUGAACUUAACUUGUACCACAGCUUCUAGUAAUCCACAUGCUGAUAUUGUCUGGAUUAAAAGUGGCCGACGUAUAGCUGGCAGAAGUCAAGGUUUAAGAGAUGAUGAAUUUGGUGGAAAGUCUGCGGUUAAUGUACUGGAGUUGGUACCAACUUGGUUAGAUCAUGGAGCUCUGUAUGGAUGUCGUGCUACUAAUACAUUAAUUAGUCAAUCAGUCAAUGAUGGUAUUACAUUAAAUGUAUUAUUUAAACCAGUGUUUAGUUCUUCAUCAUUAGAACAAGUUGAUAUAAUAGAAGAUCAGAGUAAAAGUUUAAACUAUACUGUUAAUGCUAACCCUACAGAAGUUACCUAUACUUUAUAUAGAGAGGGUAUUAAACUUAAUAUAGCCAGUGUAUCUAGAUUUAAUCUAGCUCUUGGUGUACUUAAUAUUACUACCAUUAAAAAAGCUGAUAAAGGCAACUACAGUAUGGAAGCUAAAAACAGUGAAGGAACAACCACUUUAAAUUUUACUAUUAAUGUUAGAUAUCCUCCAACCAUUACUAGAAUAACAGAUACAGUAAUGGAAGAUGAAGGCGGCACAGCAUUCUUUGAAUGUAUAGCUGAUGCCAAUCCUUUAGUACCAAAUAUGGUAAGAUGGACAAGAGAGAACUUUGAUAUGUCUAAAACCAAGGUGACGUAUGAGAAUGGUAAAGGUUAUUUAACAGUGUAUAAUCUAGAUAAAGCUGAUACCGGGGAGUUUACAUGUACUGCUGAUAAUAGAAUUGGAAGUGAAGUAACAAAAACUGCUCAACUUACUGUUAAAUAUGCACCUGAAAUAGAUAAGUCACGUGAACUUUCUAAAGCAGCUAGUAAUAAAGGUUUAACAGGUCAAUUAGUAUGUAAAGCUGAGGGAGCACCUAAAGUCACAUUUCAAUGGAAAAAGAAUGGUGUUGUUUUGGACACAUCAAAUAAUAAAUAUUCUAUCACCACAACAAAAAUUGACAAUGUUCAUUAUAAGAAUAUAUUACAAAUUAAAGAUGUACGUAAGGUAGACUAUGGUCCAUAUCAGUGUAUAGCUAUCAAUGAAAAAGGAACUGAUAAUUUUGAAAUCAAAUUGGAUGGCACAAGUUCACCAGAUGCACCAUAUGAUAUAGAGUUUGUUAAUGCUACACAUAAUUCUAUAACAUUAAAAUGGAAGGCAGGAUUUGAUGGUGGAUUACCAACAUCAUUUCGUGUAAAAUAUAGACAAGUAGAUAGUCGAGGUUUUAUUUAUGUUGAUGUACAACCUCCAGCAGCUACAACAUUUACACUUACAGGACUUGAACUAGGUCAUCAAUAUCAGCUAACUGUAUCAGCUUUUAAUAGUCUUGGUGAAACAUACCAAUAUAGUAGUAUUACUGCUAAAACUUCUAGUGUAGCACCACCAGAAGAUAUAUCAACAUCAACAUUACAGAAUGCUGAAGAAGUACCUAUUAUUAUCAUAUUAGUUGUAUGUAUUGUUGGAGUAUUUCUACUAACAUUAAAUGUUGGUCUUAUUCUCUUCUUUGUUAGAAGACGAAGAAAGAGAUUAGAAGAUGGUAGUGAUACUACAAGUCAUACUAAUACAUUAGAGUUAUAUGGUAUGAAUAAAAUAGAUAAUGUAACCUAUCCACCAUCAGCUAGUGAUGAUGUUCGGAGUUGUGGUACAUGUGAUAAAAACAUAGAAGAUUUUUAUGAUGAUUAUCCUCCUAAUUAUGAUAUGGGUCCUGAUUAUAAGAAUGACUAUAUAUCAACAAACCUGGAUAAUCGAGGCUCUACAUAUAUGAGUCGAGCCCAGGAUUAUAUGAGAGUUAGUCCACGACCUCAUACAAUGGAGGAUGAAGAUGAUGAUGGUCAUCCUCAACAGUGGACAGAAGAUCCUUAUCAGGUAGCAUUACCACAUAAAGGUAGCAUGCAGGAUGCUUAUUACCGUCCAGGUACAGAUACAAGACCAAAGAGUGUAACAGAUAUGUUUGAUCGACCAGCCAGCCGUCCUAGUAGUAGAUGUGAGCGAACACCUCCCCCUCCUCCAGUACGUACUUCCAGUACCAGACUAGGAGAUAACUUACCCCCUCUUCCUGCCAGAAAUUAUGGUCCUCAGGAUCUACCUCCACGCUAUGCACCUCCACCAGGCACAGUUGAUGCAUUAUCACCAAACAUUGUCUCAAAUCCUCAUUAUAAUGGCCCACCAACUUUGUCAGAUGCCCAGCAAGCAGCACAACGAGUUCAUACUGAACCUCGUAUGAGGGGUCAUUUAGUGUAAAUAAAAACUCAACUAUGCAUAAUACAACAUUACAAACAUAUUUAUAUUGGUGCUAAUCCAUGUGAUACAAGCUGAUUCAUUCAAAAUUACAACAUUUUAAAUAUUAGUUUAAACAUAGUAGCUUGAAACUAUAGUAAAAGUUGUUAUUACAGAUAAUAAAAGGUUGUGAACGUGAUAGUGAACCCUGUAUCACACCUAUUUAAAUCAAACUUGUAUUUUUUACUUUAUAUUUAUUUUUGUGUUUCUUUGGUUGUAUUGUAUUGUGAAUAGGAAGAAAACAUUGAUUGAGGUUAACUUUAGUGAUACUGUAUGCUCAUAGGUACUUUUUUCAUGAACUUUUCUUGUCUUGUAAUUUUGAUUAGUUAGAAAGCAAAUUUGGUAGACUAAUGAAAAUAAUCGACAGGCUGAUGUAGCAGUGGUUGAUGAGCUGGUAAUGCUUGUGACAAUUGCUUCAGGAAUAUGCUUUCUGCUAGUGAGUAGAAUUUGUAUUUUAAAAUGCUCAAAAGUUUUGAAAUAUUGGGUAUUUUUUUUAGCAUCAGUGUAAUAUGAGAUGUUGUUGGGCACAUAUCACUAACAAACCCAUAACACCUAGCCUCACCCAAUUUAUAUUAUCUAGAACUAUUGUAGCCAUUAUAAAUUAUGGCAAGACAUGUAAAAAUACUCAUUAUUUGAUUGGAAAAUAAAUACACAAGCGAGUUGAUAUUUUUCAGUUAAUAAUUCUUAUAAUCAAAAUGUUUUUCUCAAUCAAAUAAAAAGUGUGCACUUGCAUUAUCAAAGAAAAAUGAGCUGGAUGUAAUUUGGAAUUAUUGCUCACACUGUUCAAAUGAAACAAAAACCAACAUGGUAACCACAUUACAUUUUAUACUCAUUCAUUCAGGAACUUUUGUCUUAUUUUUUUCUUAAUUUAAAUUUUCAUAGUACCACAUAUUUGCAAAUAAGUUUUAUACUUAAGGCAGGUGCAUAAAUACUGUUAUGUAGUAUUUAGUUGUUAAAAUAGAUUUUGAAACAGUAAUAAUAUCCAACGAAUGAAUUGUCAUAUCAGUUAUAUGUUUAACCCUUAUAUGGGAAUGGUGAUGUUUUUGUCACCCAUGUUUUACAGGGACAGGUAUCUUAAUAUAGUUUUAAACACACAGAGUGUGGAAUUAUUAUUCCAAAAAAUAUCAUACUUAACACACACAAAUUGAAAUGGUUAAAACAUACUAAACAAAAAUAUAGCUAAUUGUAUAUUCAUGUAAUAGAUAUAUUUUACCUGGUAGUUUGGAUGUGUGUUCAAUUCGAUAGUCGAUAGUUAUUUAGGUAAUAUAUCACUAUCUAAAGCUGAGUUAAAACUUUGUUAAAUUUGUUGGUUAUAGAUUACAGUAUUGAUAUUUUUCCCUCACUCUGUCUCAAGUGGUAAUAGUUUAGUUGAAGUUGAUUUAUAUUCAAUUCUCAGCUAAACUUAGAAGUUAGUGCUUAAAGGUAGUAUAUAACACAUAUCUCAAUAAAUCAUCUACUUUAAAUAUAUCAUUUAGUAUCAAUCAUUUGGUUGUAAUCAAUUAAAUUUACCAAUAAUUAAUUCCAGAUUCAGAACUUUAAUGUUAAGCUUUAUUAACACCAAUUACUUAUUGGAUUAUAACUCUGAUUUUGUGCUUGAAAUUCCAAGGGGAAAAUUUAUGAAUCCGCAAAUGUUUUCAACAUUUGCUUGGAAUCAAAUUUACCAAAAGGAUCAAUUCCAACUGGUCCUUUCCAAUCUUUUAGGAGAUGUGGGGUGGGAAGGGAUGGAUAUCAAAUAUUAACAUAAAAUUCAUGUCCAGGUGGCUAACAUCCCACUGGGACAUUUGAAAUUCCAUUCAAAUUUGUCCUUUAACUUUGGAGACAAAUAAGGCCCAUGCCAUAGAUUUUGAUUUCUGUUAGUAUGUAUUUCUGUCAGUCAAACUAUCUGAAUCUCCAAAGUGCUAAAUCAACAUUUCAAAAUAUUAAUUGUGAAUAUUAUAUCUGAUCAUCACUAAUUAUACAUAUGUAAUAUAUAUAUAUAUAAAUAUAUUGUAAUGAUUAUAUACUUUAAUGUGUGUUUUCAACAAGUGUAUGUAUAUAGAUUUUUUUUUCAAUAUAUAUAUUUAACAGAAAUGUUACAGUAUUAUUUUCAACAUAAAAAAAGAUUAUUGCAUUUUAUAGUUUUAUAUUUAGAAUAGAGAUAGUUUAUUAUAGAUUGAGAAAAUCAUGUCUCUGGUGAAAACAGUUCAUAUAUUAAUCCUUGACUUAUCCAAAUAUAUUUAUUAUGAACUGUGCCAAAACUGUUGUGUGCCAAAUAUGUUAUUUUAUCUCACAAAUCUAAAAGAUCAAAAAAAUUGCAACUUUUUAUUUCCAAUAUUCUAAUUUCAUGUCAUGUUAUUAAUGUUUCAUCUUUUUAUGAAAAGAAGCAAAAAUAUUCUAAUGAAUUGUAGAUUUUGAUUUAUUACAAUAAUAGCACUUUACAAUUAUAUUACAAUUUAUUUAUUUAUUUCCACCAAACAUUUAUUUAUCAUAUUCAUAAAGAGCAAUAAUAAAACAAUCAAUUUGGAA